AUGGAGGAUGACGAGCGGCCUAGAAAAUACCCCAAAUUAAACCACGAAGAAGCGCAGGAGGAAUCAGAGCCCGUCAUGACCGGCGCUGUUGGAGCCGUCCGCGACGAUGACGCUGAGAGUGCGGGUGCCGACAACUAUGCCUCGCCGUCAAAUAAUGGGAAUGAGAACGAUGCAGAGCAAGCUGGUGAUGAGGAGGGACAAGAAGCACCCGGAAAGGAGGCACCGCCCACAUUGUCCAAGAAUCAAUUGAAGAAACUCAAACGAAAAGAGCACUGGGAAGCAAUGAGGGAACAGCGCAAAGUGAAACGCAAAGAGAAGCUGGUCGCAAAAAGGGAACGGAGACGAGCCGCUUUAGAACAGGCGAAACAAGAGGGCGCAGAGGCUACAGAAGAAACCCGAAAGACAUUCGAGCCUACACAAAAGAAAUUUCAACGGUCAACUCUGCUCCCGGUCACACUCGUGCUCGACUGCAGUUACGAUGAUUUAAUGCUAGACAAGGAACGAGUAUCCCUCGGAGCGCAAAUUACGCGAUCCUACUCCGAUAACAGUAGGGCCCCCUUCCGCUCGCACCUGGCCGUUUCAUCAUUCAACAAGUUGCUCAAGGAGCGGUUCGAUACCGUGCUGGGAAAGACACACGAGAACUGGAAAGGCGUUCGGUUUCUGCAGGAGGACUUUGCCGAAGCUGCCGAGAUGGCAAAGGAGUGGAUGCAAGGACCUAAAGGCGGCCAACUGGCAGGUGUUUUCGCUGACAAGGCGGACGCGAAGCCUGAGGAUGGAGAGAUUGUGUACCUCAGCAGCGACAGUCCCAAUAUCUUGACGGAAUUGAAGCCCUACAGCACAUAUAUCAUUGGAGGUUUGGUGGACAAGAACCGCCACAAGGGCAUCUGCUAUAAAUCCGCGGUAGCCAAGGGCAUCAAGACCGCCAAGCUACCCAUCGGAGAGUAUAUUCAGAUGGCUCACCGUCAGGUACUGGCAACGAACCAUGUCGUGGAGAUUAUGAUUCGGUGGCUGGAGCUGGGUGACUGGGGGAAAGCAUUUAUUCAAGUAAUUCCUCAAAGGAAGGGGGGCAAAUUGAAAUCAGCGGACCAUGAGUCUGAAGAUCAGACACCACGGGAGAGUGUCGAAGCUGUGGAAGCCGGGCCAGAUGGAGAAGAUGCUGCGGAAGAAGCAGGCGAAGCGGGCAAAGAGUAA